UUGGAUGUUGUGGUUUCAGUGUUGAUAUACAACUAAGAAGUGCAAUAGCCAUGUCAGGAAGGGGUAAGACCGGUGGCAAAGCCAGAGCAAAGUCCAAGACUCGGUCUUCCCGUGCCGGACUACAGUUCCCAGUCGGUCGCGUCCACAGACUCUUGCGGAAGGGCAAUUAUAGUGAGCGAGUCGGCGCCGGCGCCCCCGUCUAUUUGGCGGCCGUGCUCGAGUACCUGACCGCUGAGAUCCUGGAGUUGGCCGGGAACGCAGCCCGCGACAACAAGAAGACCAGGAUCAUCCCCCGUCACCUGCAGCUGGCCGUCCGCAACGACGAGGAGCUCAACAAACUCCUGGGCGGAGUGACCAUCGCUCAGGGCGGCGUGUUGCCCAACAUCCAGGCCGUGCUCCUGCCCAAGAAGACCGAGAAGGCAGCCAAGUCCAAGUAAAAGUCCACUCCGACGGCCCACUAACCCCGAAAAGGCUCUUUUAAGGGCCACACCCUCAUUUCAUAAAGAGUUUCCGCUUCGGAACAAACUCAUCAAUGGCAU